UCGAAACUGAAAACCCGCCGAACUCGGUGCUUCUGGCAUCGUUGUGCGGACAUUUUUGCAUAAGGAGGUGGUUUUUUGUCAGGUUCUGGAGUGCCGAAUUCCUCGCGAAUCACAACGUAAAUUGCACCAAACGAUUGCCGAAAGCGUCCUCUUUCUACUAGUGCAAAAAUAACAAUAAUCGUGUGCGGCUCCGGCUGGCUAGACGGCGAAGAAAACUGACCCGCUUAGCUUGUAGCGCGACUGUGGCGAAUCGCCAUUUUGAAGUGUGGUGUUCAUCGUUGUUGAGGCGCAUAUUUUAACAAGGAAAAAUUUCCCAACACCUAGCGUUUAUCAGUGAACUCUGCGAUAUUAUUACAUAUACUAUACGGCUUACCGAAAUUUAGCCGACCGUAGUAGGUCUGGACCCCAAGAAUUCGGGCGCAGUGCACGAUGGCUCAGCAGACGAAACCGGUUAAUUUUUUGUUGCAGGAUGCAAAACCAGGUCAAACGCAAAUUUUUCAUGUACUAAACACAACAACAGGUGCGCGUACCCCGUUACCUGCCGGAGUAACCACGAUGAAAACCAUCGUUACAAAGGAUCUAAACAUCGGAGGCAUGGCAAAUCAUGGACAGGAUGCAGUAGGCAUCACUUCCGACAGUGUCGGAAUAGUAGGAGCCGUGGGCACCACCAACACUGCAUCCGUAGUUGGGAGCCAGAGCUUCACAAUGCCGAUGGUGCGUAAACUCUCACCAGGUCAAAAAAUAAUCCCCAUUGCCAAGCACAAACUGUUUCUUCCUACAUCAGCCGCUAAUAAGAACGUCAAUGGAAAAGUUGUUAUUGCUCCCAAAUUGUACAAGGUUAUCUCGACGACUUCACCGCAUUCCGUCAGCAGAAAUUUAACCUUUUCUCCUCCUGCUGCUGCUGCUGCUGCUAACAAUUCUACCGGGGCGUCCGUUACAGCGAACAGUGUAGCGUUUGCUAAAACGUUGGGUAUCGCCACCGGGAGCAAUGCAAUUCCGUCGACUUCUGUAAUGACGAAACCACCGUCAUUGGCAUUGCCCGCCACUAAUACAGCAGCAGGCAACACCGUCCGGUUUAAUGCCAACAGCAGUAAAGCACCUUCCCACGCCGUAAACAGCUCCCCCCACAACACACACAGCGAGAUAGUGCCGAUCGGAAAUAAAGACAUCGCCAACGGCGGUGCUGUCACGAAAAGCUACAGUGAAAGCGGCAACAACGAUUGCUCAUCCUUCGCACAGGUGUCCGGCGCAUCGACACUACCGACAGCGAAAACGCUGCAAUCGAACCACAGCAAUAAGGAACAUUCUCAACAGCAGCAGCAGCUGCAUUCGUACAGCAAAAAGACACCCUCGAGCCAGAUCCAUACGCCGGCAUCCCGUCGCCAGAAGACGGAUAAAGCGGGCCGCGGUCUUCGACACUUUUCGAUGAAGGUUUGCGAAAAGGUGAAAGCCAAAGGCACCACCACCUACAACGAAGUGGCCAACGAGCUGGUCGCGGAGGAAACACAAAACCAUCAUCCGGGUGUGGAUCCGGCCACUUACGAUCAGAAAAACAUUCGACGGCGUGUGUACGACGCGCUGAACGUGCUGAUGGCCAUGAAAAUCAUUUCCAAGGAAAAGAAGGAAAUCCGUUGGCACGGUCUGCCGACCAGCAACACCUUGCACGAGUGCGAGGAACUGGAGAAGGAAAAUGAGAAAGCCCGCCGCCGGAUCGAGGUGAAACAGCAGCAGCUGCUCGAUCUGGUGCAGCAGCACGUGGCGCUCAAGUCGCUGAUUGCGCGGAACAAAUCGAACGAGGAGCGCGGUUUGGUGCCCAACCCGAGUUCUGCCGUGCAGCUGCCAUUCAUUAUUGUAAAUACCGACCGAAAAAACAACAUCAACUGCAACAUUUCGAAUGACAAAUCUGAAUAUUCGUUCAAGUUCGACGAUUCGUUCGAAAUUCACGACGACGUGCAAAUUUUGAAACGCAUUGGAUUAUCAUUAGGAUUGGAGAAGGGACAGUACUCAGAAGCGGAGCUGAAAAAGAUAAAAUCCAUGGUUCCAAAAUCGGUAGAAAAGUAUAUCGAUGCUUACGGUCUCGGGUUCGAGCACGACGAUAUGGAUGACUGGGAAAUGAGUUCGCUGUACAACGGGCAGGACAAUGACGACAGUUUAUCGACGCAGGAUAUGCUCGGCUUCAACGAUACCACGAACGAUAUGCUAGACGAUGACAUGAAGUUCGAGGAUGACGAGGACGACUAAAGUUUCGUUUCGCCUGGGAACUUAUGCUGCAUCCCGUUCAACUUUUUCAUUAACGUUUAAUGCACGAAUAUACUACUGACAUGAAUAAGCCUAAGGUAGCGCUUCAUCUUGGCUAGAGUUUUGUGGAACAUUGGCAAAAAAAACCCCUAUCGAUUAUCGUUUUCUGUUGCUACACGAUUAGUACAUACCUUCGAAGGACAUCAUUAACAGUGCGUUGCAUAGGUAUACAUUUACUUAUUUGAUAAGUUUGCAGAAUAUUUGUAUGCACAAGCGGUGCAUGUGCAUAAUGGUCACACACACAUACAGUACUUGAUUGAUUAUAACGUCGGUCGGAUAAACAAAGGUUUGUUCCACUUUGUUUGUGUAUUUUGGUUAACCACUUCGGGGCACAAAAAAAAGGUGCAGAUUGAGAACAUAUUAGUGUCAUUCAGUUAAGUAAGCAUUACAUUUACACCACCGCCACCGUUGUUCUGUUGUGUGUUACGCCAUUUGCGAACGAGCUACGCUUGUCGUGGAAAGUAUUCUGCCGCUAGACGACGUGUGGGUGUUGUGCGCAUUAUUUAGAUAGCCAUUUUACGAAUGCACCAUAAAGUACAGAAAACAACUGUCUCACAAUAAAUAACGUACGGGGACGUUACUUUGCUUUGACUACCAGACCCCACACCACACCAGGGCGAAGGCGAUGUUUCCAUCAUAGCGCCAACGCGCGCUUAUGUGUGACCAUCCAUCCAUCAUCUGAUCUAUUUAGUUGUUUUAGUUAGUUUUUUGUUUGUUUUGAUUCAUUUUAAAAUUGUACGUAAAACACUGUUGUACAACGUUAGCUUUCUAAACUUAGUGCGUCUCCUUUUAACUUGUGUUUCAAUUUUGAAUCUGAUUCGAUUUUUAUACUUCGCUUUACUUAUUUCGUUGAAGUGCGUGCAGGACAGCGUCGCUCGAUUGUAAAUGUUAUGGAAGGUAAAUUUCCAUUUCACGUUGUUUUUUUCUCUCUUUUGUGGUAAAAUACACAUGCAAGGUCCGUUUUAUUUCUAAGACUACAAUUUUGUUGUUUUUUCUUUCGUCUUCUGUAAGCUAAAGUUUAACUAUGCAAUUGGAUUUUUUGUUGCUUUAAUUAAUUUUACUAAAGUAGAAAAACGCUCGCUCGAAACAUGCAACGUACAAUAUCAAUCUACAACCAUCUGCAACAUAGAAAUACUUUUGGCAAAGGUUACGAGAACACGCCAUAACUUUUGAUUUAAUUUCGCAGUUGCAUAUGCAUCAUCCACCCCAUUUUAAAUAACAUUGUGGUUGUCUUUCAAAGCAAUUAACUACAAUGAAAUCCGCUUACCUACCUGAGCCACUUCACUUAUCCCAGGAUCAUUGCACAUGGCAAGCUUAUUGUUAGCAUCCGUUUUGUUUGUUUUAAACAGGCUUUUAUGCCGCGGCGCCUGUUGCAAUCAGUGUACUUGCAACGUUCACGAAUUGUGCGUAAAAUUAAUAUAAACAUACAACUCGAAAUUAGCAAAAGAACACUGCAUCCCUAGGAGACUAGUGGUUGCAGUACAACGAUUUAAGCGUAAAUGUUUGUACACAGCAAAUGCAAACCAACGGUAGUAAUAAAAGUAGUAGUAGUGUGGUUCUACGCAGCCCGUACAAAAUAAAAAAAUAAUGGAUGAGGAUCAUCCUCUCGACGACGGUGUCCCCAUUAGGUAGCAAAACUUGUAAAGUUUCGCUAUAGGUGUAAAUGAAGAAAGUAAUGGAUUUUGAUUUUGUAGGCACGAUGCCUGCAGCAUUAAUAUCGUACAGCGCUAAGUUUACAUCAUCCGGAAUGUACUGAUUCGUUUAAAAGGAAGAUAAUCAAAAAAAUAAAUCAUGUCUAUCAUAUUCUUAACCAA